AUGGAUCAAAUCACAAAGCACAGAGUUGAUCAAGCUGCAGAGGAGCUUAUAGCUUCCAUUGAUCCUUCAAAAGUCUGUAAGCUGGCCACAUCCUUUCAUCCUGCCAAAAGUCCCUGUCGUAUCUUUUCGGACUGGAAAAAGGGUGGCUUUAACGUCUGCUUUCCUGUGAUCUUUAACCAGGAUGCUGAGAGCGUGGAAGGUGAGAAGUGGAUGGUCAGGAUUCCUCUUCUCCCCCGACUAGCAUUUCCGGAGGAGAAGAUGCGCGGCGAAAUUGCAACCAUGAAGUAUAUUGCAGAGAAGACCACCAUUCCCAUUCCUCGUCUCCACGGCUACUCCAUACACGGCGAUGACAACGUCCUCGGCCUUCCAUUUAUGCUUAUGGAGUAUACUGAAGGGAAGACAUUGGCUGGCGUUGUGCUUCCAGAUCUUGAGAAAAGUACAAGAGAACAUUUGUACACCCAACUCGCUGAUGUCUAUAUCCAACUCUAUCACCAACAAUUCGACCGAAUCGGAGCUCUCACUCUGGAUGAGAAUGAUGAGAACUGGAUAUUUGCCAACAACCGACCUCUAUCAGUCGAUAUCAAUGACCAAGAGGUCGGUGGUUUUGACUUUUGUUCGCGUUUUCUGCCUCCUCAGCAGACAUUCACCUCCGCAAUCGAUUAUGUCUACCUGAUUUUCAGACUCAUCUACAACGACUACUCCCGAUGCCCGGAUUCAAUAAUGGGGGAAGAGGAUGCACAACAUUAUCGAUACAGUAUUUGGGCUGGUCAGGGUGUUGUGAUGAACUGGGUUAAACCAAAGUACAACCAUGGCCCUUUUAUUUUGAUGCAUGGCGAUCUCCGCCCGCCCAAUAUUGUUGUUGAUGACAACUUCAACAUUACUUCUAUUCUGGAUUGGGAGUGGAGUCAUACUCUCCCGGUUCAGUUGUUUGCGGUUCCCCCUUACUGGCUCACCAAUCUUCAGGUGGUGCAAAUUGCCGAGCCCUUGCUCGCUUUCCCAUUUAUGAUCGCAGCUCGAGACUUCAUUAACUCCGUGUGUGAGCAUGUGCACACUUCAUACAACCCUCACCGACAACUGCGAUCAGAGCUUCCCGUGGUGAAGGUCUGGCGCCAGCAGGCAUACGAGGACCAAGCUAUUGCUCACGGACUUUUGAAACCUCACUCCUUCGGAAACGUCUACUGCCAUGCUCUAGAUUCCCGCUACUACGAUUGGGACCGUAAUCAGAGAGUGGAAGCAUUUUUUAAAUUGACUAUUUGGCAACCUGAGCUUGACAUUUUGAAGCAAAAGGUAGUCGAAUUGGCAUGCUUUGAAAAAAAGAGACAAGAGUUGGGAGUACAACAACGUGUGACUUUCUCGAGUCCAACUUUAACGCCAGAACAGGAAGCCAAGCUGGGGUUGAAGGACCCGGGCGAAAAAGCCGAGAAGGUCUUUGGGGAUGGAGACGAAACGGAGGGUGAUCUCUUCGCAAGAGUUGAAAGUGAAGUCCGAAGAAAAGGGGAGCUGAAAGCUGAGCUCGAAAGACCACACACGCGGUGGCCGCUUAUCGCGAUUGGGGCAAUAUGUCUAGUGUACCUGGUCAGCAGGGAUCGGAGGAAUUGA